AUGGAGCAAGUCAAGGCUCUCGAUGCUCUUGAGCAAUUCGUAGCUCUGUCCAAAGCAGCAACCUCCCCCCGCGCCGCCGCAGAUGUCAUCAGGCAAGCGACCUCACACCCAAACACCUUCCUCUUCACAGAGCUCCUCGAGGCGCCCCAGAUCCAGGCCCUCUCCUCCCAACCUGACUUGGCCCCGCACCUCGCCCUCCUCCGCAUCUUCAGCUACGGCACGUACACAGACUACGCCUCGGCGCAGGGCCUGCCGCCCCUCAACGAGGCCCAGGCCCUCAAGCUCCGGCAGCUCUCCGUCCUCACCCACGCCCGCGACCACGCCUCCCUGACCUACGCCUCCCUGAUCCAGAAGCUCGGCCUCUCCUCCGCGCGGGAGCUCGAGGACACGGUCGUGUCGGCCGUGUACGCGGGCCUCGUCCAGGCCAAGCUCGACCCGGCCCGCCAGCAGGUCCAGGUCACCAGCAUCGCGCCCCUGCGCGACCUGGCCCCGGGCUCCGUGCCCUCGCUCCUGACCGCCCUGCGCGAGUGGUCCGGCCGCUGCGAGUCCACGCUCGACGAGCUCGAGGCCCAGGUCGCCGCCAUCCGCCAGGACGUCGCCCAGCGCGCUGCCGAGCGCCGCGCGUGGGACGAGCGGAUGCACCGCCUGGUGGAGGAGGAGAAGACGAAAGCCAUGGCCGGCGGUCACGACGGUAUGGGUGGUGGCGGAGGUGGCGGCGGCGGCGGUGGCGGUCACGGCAGGAGGCACUUGGUGUCGGGGUCUCACAAUUCGUCGCAUCACCAGCACUCACGCUUUGGCAAGCGUGGCAGCAGCCUGAUGGAUGCCACCGGAGCGGGUACCCUAGACGACGAGGCGAUGGACGUGGAUGACGAGGAGGAUGUCGGAACCGAUGGCAAGAAGAGAGCAAGCCGGCGCAAGCUGUAA